AUGGGAAUGGGGAUUUGGAGGAUCGACGGGACUAGUAGUAGUAAGCCCAUCAAUCUUUUCUCCGCCGUCAAUCAAGCUCUCCACAUUGCCUUGGAUACCGACCCUCGUGCUUAUGUAUUUGGAGAAGAUGUUGGCUUUGGUGGUGUUUUCCGUUGCACCACCGGUUUGGCUGACAGAUUCGGCAAACGCCGUGUUUUCAACACUCCUCUUUGCGAGCAGGGGAUUGUUGGAUUUGCUAUUGGUCUCGCUGCUAUGGGCAAUCGAGCAAUCGCUGAGAUUCAGUUUGCAGAUUACAUAUUUCCAGCUUUUGAUCAGAUUGUUAAUGAAGCUGCAAAGUUUAGGUACCGCAGUGGGAAUCAAUUUAAUUGUGGAGGCUUAACAAUCCGAGCACCUUAUGGAGCUGUGGGCCAUGGCGGCCAUUACCAUUCGCAAUCACCUGAAGCUUUUUUCUGUCAUGUUCCUGGUAUUAAGGUGGUAAUCCCCCGCAAUCCUCAACAAGCUAAAGGAUUACUGUUAUCAUGCAUUCGUGACCCAAAUCCAGUUGUGUUUUUUGAACCCAAGUGGCUAUACCGGCUUGCGGUAGAAGAGGUCCCAGAGAAAGACUACAUGUUGCCUUUAUCUGAGGCUGAGGUUAUUCGUGAAGGCAGUGACAUAACACUUGUCGGGUGGGGAGCUCAGCUGUUAAUCAUGGAACAAGCAUGUGUUGAAGCUGAGAAGGAUGGCAUCUCUUGUGAAUUGAUAGACCUAAAAACUUUAAUUCCAUGGGACAAGGAAACGGUGGAGGCCUCAGUUAAUAAAACUGGAAGACUUCUGGUUAGUCAUGAAGCUCCAAUAACAGGUGGCUUUGGUGCUGAAAUUUCUGCCUCUAUAGUCGACCGGUGCUUUUUAAGGUUAGAAGCUCCGGUAGCCAGAGUAUGUGGCUUGGAUACUCCGUUUCCUCUUGUAUUUGAACCAUUCUACAUGCCAACGAAAAACAAGAUAUUGGACGCAAUCAAAUCGACUGUGGGCUAUUAAUAAAUACAAUCUGAGCAUCUGUUGGUUCAUAAAUGUUGGUUUGUUGAGAAUUGGUAUUUGUGGUUUUAGCAGUUAAAGUAAAAUGUAAACGUUGUUGUUAUAAUCCAGUUAGUGUUCACAACGUUGUUAAAAUGCUAUAGACACUAGAGUCCAUUUCAAAUAAGAACAAUCUCCCCACCACAACCUUGUGUUAAUACACUACAAAAUGUUUACAAUCUAGUAGUUUAACAUCUACAAACUUA